GUGCCUGGACAGAGGACACAGGGGCCUGGAGGGAAGUCAGAGGAGCCUGGAGGAGGACAGAGGGGCAUGGAGGAGGAAAGAGGAGCCUGAAGGCGGACACAAGAUACUUGAGGAGGGCAGAGGUGCCUGGACAGAGGACAGAGAUAUAUCUGGACCUGGUGCCUCGUGCCUCCUCAACAUGACAUCCACAGAUACACGACCAGCCCACACUAAGGUUUCUGAUGAGCCCCCGAGUUACAGUCUGAUUACUCCAUAUGCACCCCCGGUUACCAUCCCACCAUCUGCCCCACCAAGUUUUCAAAUGGACACUGCAAUAGUGAAAGGCAUUUCCCCAGGCAUGGAGCAUCUCCUCCAGGUUAACCAAUUAAUGGUGAAAGAGAAAUUCUCGGUGUCGCAGGGCUGGGGCUUCUCCUUUGAAGUGCUGAAUCUGGUUGGUCAGCGACUAUUCCAGGCGGAGCAGAACGUGGUGUGCUGCGGACCCCUCUAUGAUGUCAGGAUACGAGACAACAGCAACAACGAGGUCCUGCAUCUGCUGGAGAACUGCGGCUGCACCUGCACCCGGGAGAUGGAGGUGCACGGCCCCUCGGGGCAGCUGAUCGGAUUCGUCAAGGAGCAUUGGAAAACUGUGGUCACCCACCUGUCAUUGAUGAAUACCUCCCGGCAGGUCACCCUCAUCAUCCUGGGGCCCAGCUUCCAGAACAGCAUCUUCGGCAACGUCAGCUUUGAGGUGAAGUCUCCGGAUGAGCAGCAUGUGGUGGGGAUGAUAAAGAAGGAGACUGAUCAUCUUCUGCUUACUUUCCCAUUGGACCUGGAGGUGACAAUGAAGGCCAUGUUGUUGGGCUCCUCCUUGUACCUGGAAAGUCUCAUUAAAUUAAAGAGAACAGCACUGCAGAGACGAGCAAGUAACUGAAGAACAUCUCACCUGGCUCACUAAAUCCUCACACUGAAGAGCAUUGCACCCACUAUACACCUGAGGAAUGGUGCCACCGUGGAGGGCUGGCUGGACAUGGACCCUGGAAGGUCAUGGGCUGGGAGGUUUAACAAGCCACUGGCCCUUUAAGAGAAACCAGUCUAAUAUGGAUGAUGUGUAUUGUUCUGACAACCUGCAGUCCCAGACAGUGUAUGUACCGGAUGUGCGAUAAUGAGCUGUAUUAUAUGUAUAAAGGCUGAAUAAAUGCUGUAUCUGCUG